CAAAGGCAAUUAAGGGUAAAGGACGACAAAAUAUUUGAUACACUUUUUUUUCUGGUCGGAUAGAAGAAAGGAUGGCGACAGAGCAUUAGAAUUAAAGACUGAUAGAUAGCCUGUGAUGGAAUAGAUAUAUACCGGUCCUAUGGCUAACGGACUUCAAAGAACUCAACGAUAUAUUUAUUUAAAUCUGUCUUCUCCAAAACUUCGAAUGAAAAGGACCAAGGAAAUUAUAAUUAUGAAAUAACACAGCAGAUCACACUAUCUGUUCAACUGGGAGUUCUCUUCAUCCGUUUCGCAGACUUUUUUUCGCUUGCUGUGGGGAUGGGGGCUGCGCCGGGUUCUGGUUGGGAGGAGGGGGAGUUCGAGUUCAAGUUGGUUUUUGAGGAGGACCCGACGCGCCAACUCCGGGGCCCAUCCCCGCUGUGCAACGCGGACCAGGAGCACACUAUCGUGGGGGAGAGGACAGAGAGCGCCCUGUCGCUCCUAGAGUCGAGCAAUACUGAGAGCCACCUGAAUACCACUCACGUAGGCCAGCCAAUCGGCAUCCCUACCCCAACGUAUUCUUCAGCCAGUCAAAGGGCUGGGAUGCAUUCCCCGCCCCCCAGGCGUGCCUUGGUGAGGGAGUUCAGUGGGACCUAUGAGAGCCUUCCAGCGAGAUCUGUACAGGUGUCAGAGUCCCAUGUGUUGGAGUGCCCUAGCAUCCAGAUCACCACUAUCUCCCCAGAGGAUGACACUGCCCCAGCAGGAAGUAACUUCUGGGACACAGGAGGUGGAUGGGACAGGGAGCGCCUCUACCUUCCCCUAAUGGACCCAUUCUGCUACCGCGAAGGCAGCACCGGCGCUGGGUCCCUGAGCCCAAGCCCUGCCUCCAGCCCCUCCUCUCGCGGCUGGCUCAGUCCUGCGUCCAGCUGUGAUUCGCUGCUGGUGGAGGAGGAGGAGCUCAAUGAGGUCACCUCCCAUUUCUGCCUGUCACCCUCCUCCCGGCCCACCUCACCAGGGGGUAAGAAGCGCAGGAACUCCCCUUUGGCCUCCCCCUGCACGUCCCGCAGGAGCAGCUACUCUGAGGACCACUCCUGUACCCUGGAGGGAGAAGACUCCACCUCUCAGUCACAAGCUCACAACAGCAGCUUUGAGCUGAGCAUUCCACAGAAAACUAGGAAGACGUCACUGGAGCAGGUCUCCCCCAGGGAUGUGGAGCAGGAGCAGGGUCCAGCCCAUAGCUCCCACUGCCCACUGCCAGAGCCACUGCAGCAAAGGAGAGAGGUUGCAUCCAUGGGCAUGGACUACCUGUCUGUGCCCCCUGCUCUGGGCUGGGGGAGGACCAGAGCCAGCGCCCACAGCCCUAUGUUCAGAUCCAAUGCUCUACCGCCACUUGAUUGGCCACUGCCAACUCAGUUUGACCAAUAUGAGUUGCGUAUCGACGUGCAGCCCCGCCCACACCACCGAGCCCACUACGAGACAGAAGGAAGCAGAGGAGCCGUCAAGGCAUCACCAGGGGGACAUCCGGUUGUUACGCUGACUGGGUACACAGAGAGACAGCCCCUCUCUUUGCAGGUGUUUGUGGGAACAGCUGAUGACAGGUCCAUCCGGCCUCAUCCUUUCUAUCAGAUACACAGGGUAACAGGUAAGAUGGUGGGUACUGCCAGUCAGGAGAGUGUACAGGCUGGCACCAAAAUACUGGACAUCCCCCUCAACCCAGAGACCAACAUGACUGCCCUCAUUGACUGCGCUGGCAUUCUGAAGCUGAGGAACUCGGACAUCGAGCUGAGGAAAGGAGAGACAGAUGUAGGGAGGAAAAACACGCGUGUGCGCCUAGUGUUCCGUACCCACCUCCCCCUUGGCCUUCCCGUGGCCCCGCCUGGACGGAUGCUGGCCCUGCAGGUUACCUCCGUGCCUAUUGAGUGCUCCCAGCGCUCUGCUCAGGAGCUGCCAGUGGUGGAUUCAGUCAGUGUCAUAUCGUGCUCUGUGGAAGGAGGGGAGGAGCUACUGUUGGGUGGAUCUAACUUCCUGCCCAUGUCCAGAGUGCUUUUUAUGGAAAGAGGGACAGAUGGAAAGCUACAGUGGGAAGAGGAGGCACAUGUUGACCGUGACAACAGUAGUGAGUGCUUGCUGUGUGUGCAAAUUCCAGCCUAUGGUGACCUGUCUGUGAACCGCCCAGUAUCUGUGUGCCUUUAUGUCUCCAACGGGAAGAGGAAAAGGAGCAGCACUCACUGUUUCAAGUACCUGCCGGUCAUGUGUAAAGAGGAUGACCCUCUGCUCUCGCAUCCCUCUGUCUUGCCCCUGGAGGGGGUGACACUCUGCUCCAUGGGGGGGCCCAGCAGGGUGGACAGGGGUCUGCACCUGAGGAAUGAUCCCACGCCCAAGGAGAGAGGGCUAGCUUUGCACCUCCCCCCCUACCCUUCAGCCUACUCUCCCCCCUACCAAGGCCAUGGCUACCAGGAGGAGUACUGCCACAAGCCUGAAGCUGUGGGUAACAGCAGAGGUUCUCUGUCAGAAAGACGCCCCAGCUUUGAGAACUUGGAGCUGGGCUUCACCGAGCUACUGCCUCCCCUGUACCCCAGAGUCUCCCAACCUCCCUCUCCCUCCCCAUGGCUGGACUCCCCAUACCUGUCCUCCUCCCCCUCUCCCUCCCACUCCUCCUCUCUGAGUCCCUUCCCCGCAGGCAGCCCCAUCUCCUCCUCCUCUCUUCCCCCCAUGACUACCUCACCCUACCCCCACUACCCCUACCCUCAGGAGGUCUGCCCCUCGCCUCCUUCCAACUCCAGCCCGUAUCAGGACUUCUACCCACCACCAUACUCCCACAACGAAGUAUGGGACCACCAGGGCAGGGGACCUCGGGAAAGGGAGGCUCAGGCUGGGUCUAAAAUGCAGACGACCCCCCUGGAAUUUGCCAGCUCAUCAUCUAUUCACCACAUUACAUUAGAGGAAGUGAAUGAGUUCAUAGGAGAAGACAUCAGAUCGUUCCAGUCGGGCUCACAGACGGACAGCCAACCAGGAUGACAAGCUCAGUACUCUCCUGUCUGGUUCAGUUGUUAUAGUAUGAAGCGCUUUAUUGCUACCAUAUCACACCUUUUUCUAUGCACUUGGUUUAUGAUGUAUUGCUCAAAUAUGACAAUACUGAAUGGGGAUUAAAUGGCAAGGGCACAGUUGUAAGUAUGAUUACAGAUACAUUUUACCAUUUAUAUAAGGGAGACUAAUGUUUUUAACCAGUUUUCAAUAUAAAUUAUACAAGUAAAUGUGUGUUAUUGGUC